CUUCAUUUAGAUUUUUCUCCCCUAAAUCAAUUUGCUCGUCUUCGAUGGUUUAAAACCGCGAUCACUAGUGCUUCAUCGCGACGAGGAACGGAGCCUUCUCUCCUCGCGUCCCUUGCUCCUCCUCCCCUGUUCCCUUUUUCUUUCUACAGUCAAGUGAUCCUCGAAUCCUAUCCUCUCGCCAUGUCCAUUGUCCCGCACACUGUUCUCCGCCCGUUCGGCGUAAAUCCGACGAGUCGCUAUCUUCGGCGGCAUGCCUCUUUGGGCCUCCGCGCGAGCUCCGUCGAUGCAACGAACCGGAAGGACGACUUGGAGACGGAGAGUAGCAAGAAGAAGAGGACGAAGAAGUCACCCUUGGAGGCUCUUCACGACGACGGGUUUGGGAGCGUCACCAUGAAGGACUACUUGGAGGCGGCGAGGCCCAUGAUGCCCAAGGACGACGCUGGGCCUGGGCCGCCGCGGUGGUUCUGCCCGUUGGAGUGCGGACGGCCGGUGGUGGACAAGGCACCGCUGCUCAUCUUCUUGUCAGGAGUCGAUGGUGUUGGAAUGGAGCUCAUUUUGCACCACAAAUCUUUGGGCAAGGUAUUUGAGGUUUGCUGCUUCCAUAUACCAGUAAAUGACCGUACACCAUUUGAAGGGCUAUUACAAAUGGUGGAAGCUUAUGUACAAUAUGAGAAUGCUUUGUCACCAAAGAGACCAAUAUAUAUUACUGGAGAUACUUUUGGUGGAUGCUUGGCAAUUUCAGUGGCGGCUCGUAAUCAAAAAAUUGAUUUGGUUCUUAUAUUAGUAAAUCCAGCAACAUCAUCUGCAAAAUCCCCGUUGCAGGCAAUAUUGCCUCUUUUGGAAGUGGUGCCAAGCAACCUUCCGGUUACAUAUCCUGACCUUCUCAGAUAUUUGAUUGGUAACCCUCUUAAUGUGGCUAUGGUUAGCAUUCAGAACAAUCAUUCCCCUCAAGAGACUCUGCAAGAGUUUUCAGAAAGUCUUACUUCAAUGCUACCUUUUGUUUCAUGCUUAUUUAUUUCUCAGGAACUGGCACAUGUCAUACGAAUGGAUACUCUUGUAUGGAAACUCAAGCUUCUCAAGUCAGGUGUGGCCUAUGCCAAUUCUCAACUUCACGCGGUACAAGCAGAAGUUCUACUUCUUGCCAGUGGCAAUGAGAAUCUUCCGCCAAGUGGAGAAGCAGACCGACUGUUUAAGACGCUGAAAAAGUGCAAAGUUCGAUACUUUAGGAACCGUGGGGAUAAACUACUUAUGGAGGAUGGCUUCAACCUGCUAACUGUCAUAAAAGGAGCCAGCAUGUACCGUCGCAGUAGACAACGGGACCCGGUGACCGAUUACCUCCCACCUACAUUAAGUGAAUUCAAGAGAACAUAUGGUGAAGAUUUCAAACUGUUUCAUCAGUUACUGAGCCCAGUAAUGCUGUCUACGAUGAAAGAUGGAGAAAUUGUGCGUGGUCUUUCCGGUGUUCCUGACAAAGGUCCAGUCUUGUUUGUGGGCUAUCACCAACUCUUGGCCAUGGAGAUGUUCGCACUUUUUGAAGGGUUCUUGGGAGAGAAAAAAACAGUUAUCCGAACUGCGGCCCAUCAAGUAUUUUUUGUUGGAAAUUUUGAGAUUUUGCGCCAAGAACUGUCUCUAUUUGACGCAUUCUCUAUGUACGGCGCAGUUCCUGUCAGUCCGAUCAAUACGUACAAGUCGUUCGAGAGAAAUGAAUUUGUUCUCCUCUAUCCCGGUGGAGUGCGGGAAGCUCUACAUAGGAAGGGCGAAGGAUACCAAUUGUUUUGGCCAGAUCAACCAGAAUUUGUAAGGAUGGCAGCGCGGUUUGGUGUUACUAUUGUACCAUUUGGUUGCGUCGGAGAAGAUGACUUUCUUCAGAUAGUUCUGGACUACCAUGAUCUAAAGAACAUCCCCUAUAUCAAAGACCAGAUAAAAUCAUUCAAUGAAGAUUUGACAGGAAUAAGAGAUACUGUCAAAGGAGAAGAAGGGAAUCAGACUUUGCAUAUGCCUGUUGUUCUCCCUAAAGUACCAGGUCGGAUGUACUUCCUGUUCGGAAAGCCAAUUGAGAUGAAAGGAAUGGACAAUGUAUUGACGGAUCGGAAGGAGGCAAACCAAGUGUAUCUGCAAAUCAAAUCCGAGGUGGAGAACGUCAUGUCUUACCUCAAGAGGAAGAGAGAGCAAGAUCCUUACCGGAGUAUCACGCGGCGCACGCUGUACCGAGCAACCCGGGGUCCGUCUGCUGAAGUGCCGACUUUUGAUCCGUGACGGGGUAUCAUUCGACCAUGUCGAUCAGGUUCCACUGUCAAAGAUAACGGAACAAAUUCAGGCUCAGCAAAUUCAAAGUUCAAAGACUAGAGAUUCUGAACAGACUUACAGGCUAAAUGCCUAUUAAGUGCGCGUGACAACUUUUGACCAUGUUUCAAAUUGUUGCUUCUCUUAAUGCUCCCUCCAUUUCAGGCGUAUUUUGUUUCGUUAAGACAAGCCUUUGACCAAGAAUUGCUUUAUUAAUAUGUAAGUUAUAUGAUACGAAACCAUGCUCAUUAGCAAGAGCUUUUAAAAACGAAUCCACUGAUAUGAAUUUCAUGUACUCCCUCCGUCCAACAAAGAAUGUCUCAACUUUAACCAAAUUUGAAUGCAUGUAUACAUUAAGUCAUGUCUAGAUACAUCCAAAUUUUGACAACCUUGAAACAUCUUUUGUUGGACGUAGGGAGUAUGAAAAAACACAUAUCAAUAGAGUUUUCGUUGGUCAAAGGCUUGUCUUAACGAAACAAAAUACGCCAACCUUUGUGAAAUGGGGGAAGUAUGUUACUUUGUUUGAGGCGCACAAGAAUUCAAAACCAUCGUGAGGCUCCUUUGAUUCAAA